CGACUACGAUGCUUUUCUCAAACUCGACUCAUAAUCGCCCGAACAAGCGUGCGGAACCGUACCGCUCGACUCGUGUGAUUGCUGCACUCGCACUAGACCAACAAACCUGUGAACGUCAUUCCCGGACCUCUUAAACCCGAUGAGGAUGCGUAGGGUUGCGCCAUGCAACCGACAUGCCCAUGGUACGAGAGGGGUUAUGCAUACGCUACGCCUGUUCCGCAUGCCCGGUUAGCCCAUAUGAGCUUCCCGGUAUUGUGGGUGAGGAGAUCUGGGGUAAAGCAUAUUCAUAUGUAGCCGCUGAGGUGCAUGCUCGACUCCUUCGCUGUCCCUUUUGUACAAUCAUCUGUCUCUGCUUCGCAUUAACCCCUCGGUUUCCGAUACUCUAGAACAAAAUCACCAUGUCGUUUCGUCUACCACCAAGAACAGUCUAUCAGACUGUCCCGAGACUCGCCAGUAUACCACGAGCGGCUGCCCGAGCACCACGAUGGGCGCGCAGUUACGCAGUCACUUCAGACCAGAAUAGAACAGCCAUCGUAACGGGCUCUGCUCGCGGAAUCGGCAAGGCCAUCGCUCUUCGACUAGCUAAUGAUGGAUACGAUGUCUGCAUCAACGACGUUGAAGCCAACAAAUCUGGGGCCGAUGAAGUCGUAAAAGAGAUACAAGGCCUAGGGCGAAAGUCUUUCGCAUAUACCGCUGACGUAUCGAAUUUGAGCGAGGUCCAAGGCCUGGUGAAAGCGUCGGUUUCCGAACUAGGACCUUUAAACACCAUGGUAGCGAAUGCCGGCAUCGCGCAAGUCAAGGCACUUCUCGAUCUGACGGAACAGGAUCUCAAGCGCAUGUUCGAAGUCAAUGUAUACGGCGUCUACAAUUGCUACUCCACAGCCGCUAAGCAAAUGAUCUCGCAAGGCAACGGAGGCAAGAUUCUCGGCGCAGCGUCAAUCGUAGCAUUCAAGCCCUUCGCACUUCUGUCUCACUACAGCGCCUCCAAAUGGGCCGUCCGUGGUCUUACUCAAGCCUUUGCCAUGGAGAUGGCUGAACACAAGAUCACUGUGAACGCCUAUGCGCCCGGUAUUGUCGGCACCGCCAUGUGGGAUCUGAUCGACGAAAAGCUGGGCGAAAAGACGGGAGCGAAGAAGGGCGACACAAUCAAGAAGUACACCGACGAGCUGAUUGCGCUGGGCCGGACUAGUGUACCAGAAGAUGUGAGCAGUACGGUGAGCUUCCUAUGCAGUAAGGACAGCGACUACAUGACGGGGCAGACUAUUGUCAUUGACGGUGGUAUCAUCUUCACUUAAUUCAUGCUGACAGAUGAUGACAACGGCUAUACUUUCUACGUGCCCAUGUCUUGUUCUAUUGUUGGCAUCCAGUUGGUCUUUGUAGCUAUGCGCCUGCUCACUUGGUACCGCCAGCAUUCCGGUUUCAACUUACUCUAUAUAAACCACCCUAUGCUCAGUUGCGAUACACCAACCUUCUAUCAUCCCAAAACCCUACUCCGUAUCCAUCACAAGAUAAAUAUCAUCAUGAGUUUCU